CAAGUGGGCAGGGAUAAUUAUGCUAAAAACAUGAAAAUAGUCUUUAUUACCAUCAGAUAAUCUAUUUGAAAUACUUCCAAAAUGCUGUACAAGUCGUAAUGAAAUGAGAAAGAGAAUGUCUGCCCUCGGCGUUGCUUCCAUGGCCACCUCACUGACAAUUGACUCGGAUGUGUCGCCGGUAAGUGCAGCUGAUUUGGAACGGAGGUCUCUGGUUAUUUGGCGUCGUCCCUGGACGACCUUAAAGUAUAGCUCAUUGGAAGCAUGUCUGCUGUUAUUUAAGCUGCUCGUUCGACUACUAGAUCGACGUCUUUUGUUGGGAGUUGUGAUCUUGAUUGUUUUCUGCAGCUUGCCGGGUCCUCAUGAGAAAUACGUGCGAAUCUGCCGACAUAAUCUGGGUUUUGCUCUUUACUGGUUGGGCUUGGGAGUUCUGUCAUCGGUAGGAUUCGGGUCGGGAUUGCACACAUUUCUGUUGUAUCUGGGACCACAUGUUGCGGCUGUUACAUUGGCUGCAUACGAGUGUCAGACUCUGAACUUUCCAAUGCCGCCCUAUCCCGAUCAGAAGAUUUGCCCAAAGGAAGGAGUCUAUGAGCGACAUGUACCGAAUGUGUGGCAGAUAUUGACUAAGGUGCGCACGGAAUCCCUAUUGUGGGGAGUGGGUACAGCUCUGGGAGAGUUGCCACCUUAUUUCAUGGCCAGGGCUGCGAGGCUAUCAGGGAAAUGCAUGGAGGAUCGUCAGGAAAUAGCAGAGCAUCAACGACGUAGCUGGAAACUUGGUCUGUUCGAUAGAUGUAAGCUGUUUGUGGAGCGCGUUGUGUUGCGCAUCGGCUUUUUCGGCAUUCUACUUUGCGCCAGUGUGCCAAAUCCUUUGUUUGAUCUUGCUGGUGUUGCGUGCGGUCAUUUUCUAGUUCCAUUCUGGAAAUUCUUUCUAGCCACGUUGAUUGGCAAAGCGAUCUUCAAGGCCAACAUACAGCUGCUGAUCGUUGUUAUUGCCUUUAACGAGGAUCUGGUGACCAGGCUCAUCAAUUCAUUGGGCCGCUUACCUUGGUUUGGGCGCAAAUUACAGGCGCCCAUUCAAAAAGUUUUGACCAGUACCAAAUUGCGUAUGCACCGUAAAAUUAAGGACGACUCCAGUAGCGGUCUUGGAAUUGUGGCACAUGGCUUCCAGAUACUCGCUUUGCUUAUUGUAACUUACUUUAUAGUGUCCUUAUUAAAUGCGCUGGCCCAGAAGCAUUGUCAACGUAUGCAGGAUAAGGAAAGAGAGGAACGUACUCAGGAAAUCGAACUGCUGGAGCAUCGAUCAAAUGACAGCGAUACUCAACAAGUAAUGGAAAUCAGCGACUUACUCUGAUCUCCAAUACUACAAAAAAGGACUACAGUGAUGUCUUUUUAGGGUGCUGUUAAGUUACUGUAAUGUUAACAGUGGGGCAACAGUGACGACGAGUGACGAUGAGUUGUGUUACUUGUUACUUGUGGU